AUGUCCGGAGCAGAAGAUAAACGAGUGGAGGUAGAGAGAGGAGUGCAAUUCGUGGAGCGGCAAAAGACCAAGAAGACCAAGAGUACUGAUGGGGGCGAGGUCCCACUACCAAGCGAUCAAAUUGCUGCACUGGCAAAGGAAUGCAUACCGUCAUGGAUAGAAAGUGGGAGAAUUCCGAAACCGCCUGUUGAGCUCUCAGACGAAGUGUAUGCUCCAAGCAUACCGUCAAGAGGCUACCAAUUCUGUAUGGUGUGCGGAAAACACAAGAAAUUCACUAGUUUAACAGGUCAUAUACAGGAUAGCCAUAAGGAAUUUGCGGAGAAAUGGGAGAUUCAGGUUCUAGUGCACACGGGUCGCGGAAUGCUAGAAAGAACGAAGAAGGCAAGCGUUGACUUCACGCGGAUACCGGAACCAAGGACUGACCGAGAGUGGGACACGUACGAAGAAAUAGUGGCUCAACUACGGAACGGCGGGGUUUUGGAGCGUCAAGUGGUGCUCCGUGAGCGUUAUCUGGCGGCUAAUCCCCAAAUGCAAUUCAAACAGCUAGAACUCAUGGACCAAGCGGGACCGUCUGCUCAAGGGGCUUCAACAUCGUUUCCAUCGACGUUCACGCUUCCAGAAACGUUUAGUGCUCCGCACAUACCGCGCGAACAUGAGUACAGAUUUGCUUAUGACAUGCUAUACAAAGGCGGAUCUACUAUUCAUCCACACUUUACGAGUCGGUACGUAUCGGACUUGAUGUUCAAGUACUACGAUGACGAAUACACGCCGGACUAUUUCGUGCAAGACUACACUGUACCAAAAGAGUCGGGUAGGAUGGAUGAGAGGCGCGGAUAUGUCAAUGAAGUUAUGGAGGAAGUUGAACGAAGAGAGUCACCCGAUUUUGACGCUAUUCAAGACCCAUCUCCAAGAUUUUAUACUAAUCGGUGGAGAAGAGCCAUAUCUGAAGUCGCUUGA